AUGGCCAAAAAGAGCCCACGGCUCAGCAGGCUGGGCGUGCUCGCCCCGGCCGCCCUGUCCGCCUGCAUGGACGCCUCGGUGCUGGCCGUGCCGGCGGCCGGCGCCAUCGUGUCCACCGUGCUCAAGGAGCUGAGCAAAGCUUUCAUGCUGAAAAAGUGGUUCCAUGGAACAAUGUCCGCCAAGGAGGCGGAGGUGCUGAUCAUGGAGAGGGGGAGGAACGGCUCGUUCUUGGUGCGGGAGUCGCUGACGCAUCCCGGCCAGUACGUGCUCUCAGUUCGCGGCAGAGGCAGGGUUUCGCACGUCAUGAUAAGGAAACAGGUGAGUGGUAGGAUUAGGAUAGGACUC